CCUCCCGAGCAGCGGUAUGCAAGAUGGCGCGAGGGUGCUGGGUGUGGAGGCAGUUUGGGCUUUUUCUCCUCCUGGCGGAGAGUUGUCAAAUAUUGGCAGGAGUGGUGACAACACGUGAUCCAAACCCUGUGGCAGAUGAGUUUACUGCUGUAUUAUUAUCCUGCAUUACUACCCACAAUCCAAGUGGCGAGCUUCGUGUUGAAUGGAAGAAAUUGAAUGCUGGCACCGAUUUAGUUUAUUUUGAAAACCGGCUUAGAGGAGAUCUGGUUGGUCGUGCAGAGGUCCAAGGCUGGUCUAUACAUAUACACAAUGUGACUCGGAAAGAUGCUGCAGUAUAUCGCUGUGAAGUAGUACGUAAAGAAGAGGGAUAUUUGGGUGACGUUUCUGUUAACCUAACAGUGCGAGUGAGACCUAUUACACCACAAUGUACUGUGCCGAAAUCCGUGCCAGUGGGGAAGACUGCAGUUUUGACUUGUAAUGAGAAUGAAGGCUAUCCGCCAUCCAAAUACAUUUGGUACAGAAAUGGUGACCCUGUUCCAGAUGAUCCAAAAUCCAAUUCAAAGUUUCAUAAUUCUUCAUAUAAAAUAGAUGCCAAAGCAGGAACUCUGCGCUUCACUGUCAUCUCAAAACUGGACAUUGGAGAAUACCAUUGUGUUGCGGAAAAUGUUGUUGGAAAUGCAAAGUGUGAACCUCAGCGCAUGGAAGUUUAUGAUAUUAAUGUUGCUGCGAUAAUUGGUGGUGUUCUAGUUGUAGUUCUUGUCCUACUAUUUAUAACCAUCGUCAUCAGAUUUGCAUAUAAACGAGGAUACUUCACAAAGAAACAGUCUGAAAAGGGUUACCAGGCUUCCUCAAAAGCAGAUGAUGUUGACUAUGUCAGAUCAAAUCCUAUGGACAGUGAGGGAGAUUUCCGACAUAAAUCAUCCUUUGUUAUCUAAAAAGGGAGAAGAUCAAAGAAGCGAAGACAACAGAUGCGCUUCGUAAAGGAACUCAAACAUGUAGUGAAUUUAAAUAUUUAUGUAUGGAUCACAAAUCUGUAAAGUUAAUAUGUAGAGAUUUGUAACAAAAUGACUCUCAUUGCCAAAGCUGUUGACCACUGUUUCUACCACUAAAUAUUUUUCAUUUAAUUUGCAUUUUUGACAGAAGUUGUCUUGGUACUGGUAAGGAGGUCCCCUAAUUAUCUGCUGUUGUAUUACAAGGCUAAAAGCCCUAACAUUAGGUUCUGGAAAAGAAAACUUGCACAAUUAAGGGCCAAGAAAUGGUAAAUAUCAAAUUUAGUCAGACCAACUGAUUAUUUUUUGAAAAUGUAUUUUCCUGUAAUCGUUCAAGGCUUUGAUCUCUAAAAUAGGUUUAAAAAUUAUCAGCAAAGAAUAUCUAAGUUGAUGAGUACUUUUUUCUGUUGAGAUCUCUCCAGAUCCUUUAUUCAUUUGAAAUGAGGGUUUAUUAGAUAAAGUUGUACAGAAUAUGCAAAUAUGAUUUGAAAUAAUGUUAAUUCAUUCAUCUGGAGCUCUGUAGUUUUACCUCAACCUACGACAAGAAAACUGCCAUGAGGUUACUCAAGGAAAAAAAAUAAGUCUUAAGGAGAUCGCUGAUAGAAUAAGAGUUUCAACGAUUGAAGUGUUCCGUACUUGUUUCAUUGAGUGGCUUUUCUUCUGGUUAAAUAUUAAAAUAACAAAAUUCUUUGGAUUUUUUUUGCUUCAAACCAACCAAUUUGCCUACUUUUGACUUAGAGUUUAAUAGAAAGCAGCCAUUAAAUAUUGAAGGAUGAUUAAACAGAAUUGAAAAAUGCCAACAUUUAAAUUAGCACUAGAUUUUUUUCAUCAAGCGUAGGAAUUCAAAUGAUUGAAUAGAAUGGUAAACAAAAACCUUUUUUUGGAAUUCAGGAACCAAGUGAAUUUUCACAAUUGUGCUUUUCUGGGUCAAGGUGGGAAUAUUAAAGUUCAGGCCAGUGUUAUUUAUCAGGUACUUUUACCAUCUAACCACUCGAUUAGUAGCUAGCUAACUUUCAGUUUUGAAGACGCAAUCAAGGAGGUGAUCUUUAGCUAUCCUUUUGAAUUCAAAGUUUUGAAUCAUUUGUCACAAGUUUUGCCUCAAUCUCAACUCAAGGGCAUUAAGCUUGUUAGAUUUUCAAAUUAAAUACCACUUUGAACUUUUACAGUUCAUUAACAACUACAGAUCAAUUAAGCAGUAGUUUCAGAAUUCCUACACAAUAGGUUGCUUUCCAAAAAUGUACUAUAUUUAGCAGUCUCUGCUAAAUAUAAAACAAGACCCACAUUUAUAUUGCACCUUGACAACCAAUAAGUGUCAUCUUUUAUUAUACAGAAUAACUGGGCAGUUGAGAUUCCGUACCAAAAAGUGAGAAAUGAAUUUUGUAGUGGUGGGCAACUGAAUCAUUUUGGUCAGGACUUGGAGACCUCAUGUAUUUCUUUGAAUACUGUCACAAGAUCUUCAAUAUUUACUUGGAUCAGCAGACAGCCUUGGUUCAACCGAACCCUUUGCUGAGAGAAUGCUGCACUAUCAAAGUGCCAGUCUAGAUUGUGAAACUUAAACAGCACCCUUUUAUUUACUAAAGUCUUUAACACACACAGUAUUAUUGACAGAACAAAAUGGAUCUGGUUGCAUCAGAAUCCACUGAUUACGUUUUAUAAUUUAAUAUUUCUAAAUGAUUCUUGUACUUUUUACAAAAAUAUUAUCACUAAACAUGUUUCAAAAUAUUGAUUCCUAAUGUGUAGUUAUUACACUUUUUGUAAAAUGAUAGUGAUGUGUAUAUUUCAGAUGCAUUUAUACUACUGUUAUUCUGAGAAGAAUAUUUUGUGUAAAGUUGAUCUCUUGGGGGCUAGAGAUCAUUUAGUGAAACUUAAGAAUUUAAAACAAUUGUGGCAUGUUUAGUUCACUGUGAAGCUUGAAAGUACAGAUGUUGAACUCCACUACAACUCAUGUAUAAAAGGUAGCCCCCGAACCAGUUUUAUUUUGUCCAGUCCUCCUAGUAAAUCCUCAGUAGGCUCUGUUCAUACAUAGAUUUAUACCCCAACAUUCAGCCACUUUGUCCCCCACACCAGAGAAGCUGUUUGUUUGUGUUCAUUUCUUUUUUUAAAAAAAACUCAAAUUGAUAUUCACUAAAUGUGAAACCAUCCUCAAUUGUUUCUGUUCAAUUUUAGCCUAGCCAAAAAGAAAACAUGCCGCUCCUUCCAAAGGUUUGUUCAUUUAGUUGUGUGCAGGGAGCAGUGUAAUGGUAGAAAUUUUGUAUAUAUCAAUAUUGAUAACUAUGUUGGCUUUAAUCUGUUGUAGGUUGGAUUAGAAGUGCAUAUCACACUAGCUAAACAUCUGUAUGGAAUCUAAUGUAAAAUUUAGUGAAUAGAAUGAGAGGGACAUUUUUCUGGAUUUCAUAAUCUAGAGAAAACAGUAAUUUUGUACACAAUCUAAUUUUUGCCUUGCAUCAGAAGACCGGAUUGCAUUUUUUAGUUCACUACUUUGUAAUUUUCAGAUUUUGGAAAAAAAAUCACUAAACAUUGUUUCCUUUUUUGUUGUUGCACUAAAGUUAAUGUAAUUUUACAAAACAUAAUAUUUUCUCCAUGGCCAAGCUAUGUGUUCUCAUUAACAAGUUGAGGAAUAAAUGUCACUUUUGGAUUGUAA